CUUCCCGGCGUGCCCGGUGGCUCUGACCCCCUCGAGUAGGUCGAGGAGUGAGAUGGCUGAUGCUAGUGCUAGCGGAGCGGCGGGAUCCGAGGCGAGGAAGGCCCCCGUAGCGCAGCGCAUUGACCCGGCGCGAGAGAAGCUGAGCCCGGCCCAGCUGCACUUUAUGCGGCAAGUGGAGCUCACGCAGUGGCAGAAAACGCUUCCGCAGCGGCGGAGCCGGAACAUCCUGACGGGCCUGAGCAUCGGGGCCCUGGUGUUGGCCAUUUAUGGCUAUACCUUCUACUCCGUGUCCCAAGAACGGUUCCUGGAUGAUUUGGAGGACAAGGCCAAAGCUGCUAGAGUGAAAGCUGCCGGGACCAGCAGCCCCUAACCCCCAAGCAGGUGCUCAGACUCUGUCCACCCUGAAUGGAACUUCUUCAGAAUGAGGAUGGAUGCUUCCACCUUCUGUACUUCCCCUCCCAUCCAAGAAAAAAAGAUUCCUACUAGGAUAAGGAGUGUUUUGGCCGGCCUGAGCUUGGGAUGUUGUUUGGUUAUGGAGUCCCACCCUCCUUUGGGAAUUGUGUAUCCAGCCAAUUUGAUGAAACACCUAUUCCUUCUUUCCCCCCCACCCCCACCAAAAAAAAAAAAAGCCUUUGUCACAAUAGGGAGGAGGCCCAACUAGGUCACCCCAAACUUUUUCAGUAGCGCCUUAUUCAUAUCUUUGUAGCUUCUUCCUACCCUAGAGAUUGAAAGCCAUUGUUGGGGGGCAAGUAUGGUACCUCUUCUCUUUGUUGGAACCUGGUAUGGCAGUGAUGGUGGUUAAGUUGAGGACUGAUUCACAAUAAAGUGAAUCAUCCAUUGUAGA